AAAAGCGGUAGGAUGAGUUAAUGUCUUACCAAUUAUUUUUACCGUUUCUCAAAAAUUAAUUUUUGUGAGAAUAAGUACAAUUUAUAUUUGGAUUUCGUUCUGGCUGAUGGUGCAUUAGGAUAGUUGUAUGGUAUUUAAUAAGGAUUUACCUCUAUAAUAAUAGGUACCCAGAAAUGGAAGAUAUAUGGCUUCGCCACAUGUGGGUAUUAUGCGUCAGCUUAACAGUUGUUGGGAACAUCAAUGGUCUGGAAAUUAUUAAGAAAGAUGGACGGUACGAAGAAGAUGUAACAUUCACACUCAACGCGUCUCUGGAAUAUGUUUUGACAUAUCCACCAUCAUCUGCAAUUAAUCCACAUACAGUUAAAGCAUAUUCCUCUGACGCAGCUGCGACACUUCCCAUCUUAAUAGUGGUACGACAGGCAAAACAAGUAUCAUCAUGGACCAUUCCAGAUGUGGUUGAAACCAGUCAUAAAAAUAAAACUCUCUAUUUUUAUAAUACUUCGAAAACUUUGUGCCACGAUGACAUGGAUGCUAUUACGGAUUCACAAAAUUCAGAAUUUUCCAUUGGUCCACUUGUCUUAACCCAAACAUUCAUAGUGUCAUUAUCUACCUCUUCGCCAGUUAAUGUCUCUAUCACGGUAGCUCUGCAAGAGGAAAAAGUAUUUUUCAUUGAUAGAGACAAAAACUAUACAGUGCAAGUAUCUCCAUCUCAAUCCCGACACAAGUUUUUCUAUUUUGACGACGAUGCCUCUGACACUAUCAUUAUCGGAAUAGACUCUCUAGACGACGUCUGCUUAACAGUUUCUGUACAAGACAGCAGGUGUCCAGUUAGGGAUUCUAAUAAGGAUAUCAAAUAUGAAGGGACCUACCAAACUGUUAAUAAGAAGGGAGCUAUCACAAUUGCUAAAAGAAAGUAUCCCAAGGGAUUUUUCCUCGUUUUCGUUGCCAAACCUGACGAUUAUGAAUGUAGCCAGGAAAAUUCCGCAAUACCAAUGAUAACCCGAGCCAGUGGAGUGAUGGAAAAUAAUAUAACUUCAACAAUAACUUUUCUAGUUAAAAACAGUAUAACUUAUACUGUAUAUGUAAAAGCUUGCUUUGUCACUAUGGCUGCUUUAACAAUAUUUGGACUAGUUUUUACAGGAGUUAUAUUUGUUUUUAAUCGAUUUGGGACUAUAUCGAAGCAGAUACUGAAGCCUGUUUUAGUAAAGGACUAUAUCCAGCCUUACUCUGACGAUGAAAUUAAUAAAAUUAUACUGGGAAAAGAUCUUACAGUAAACACAUUUGCCAAAUAUCCGAAAAGAAUUCAACAAAGAUCUUUUAACUAUUUGUCGCACACGUUUAGUAUAGCGCUGUUUUAUAGUAUUCCUGUGAUCCAGCUCGUAGUCACUUACCAAAGAGUAGUCAAUCUCACCGGCAAUCAAGACGUUUGUUACUACAAUUUCCUAUGCGCCCAUCCAGCAUUUGUUUUCAGCGAUUUCAACCAUAUUUUUUCGAACGUUGGAUACAUCUUUAUUGGUAUUUUCUUUAUACUUGGUGUACUAGAUCGACAACACAGAAUAAAAAUUACUAAGGACAAUGGGAUACCCGUACAUUACGGUUUAUUCCUGGCUAUGGGCCUGGCUUUGACAAUAGAAGGCCUCCUCUCUGCCGGUUACCACAUCUGUCCGACUCAAUCCAAUUACCAAUUUGAUACCAGUUUCAUGUAUGUUAUGACUGUCCUCAUCAUGGUGAAACUUUAUCAAAACAGACAUCCAGAUAUCAAUGCAACAGCUUAUUCAACAUUCAGUGUCAUUGGAGGAGCAAUAUUCAUGGCUGUCUUAGGUAUUCUUGAAGGAAGUCUCUUCAUUUGGAUAUUAUCCUUGGUAGGAUAUGCAUCUUUAAUCAUAAUUUUAUCCUUAAAGAUCUACUAUCUUAAUUUUGUGGUAUAUGGUGCUAAACAAUUUUAUAGCAGUUAUCAAGAAAACGGAUUUUGUAGGGAAACUUUUGCGCCAGUUAGAAGAGGUCGUUUUAUUCUAGUUUCAAUUGCAAACAUAGCAAACUUUGGAAUAUUAUUUGUCGGCUUGUACAUAUACCUUUACAACGUCACAGAUUUUGGAACGUUUUUGUUGGGGAUGCUCUUAUCGAAUACUGUCCUCCAUAUUUCAUUUUAUACUCUAAUGAAAAUAAUACACAGAGAAAAAAUCAGCAUGGAAUCCUUCAUAUUCGGAUUCAUAGGUUUGUGUUGCUGGAUAGCUGCUGGUAUUUUCUUCCUGGAUGCAGCCACCCUUUGGACAGUUAGUCCAGCGGAAUCUAGAACAUGGAACCAAGGUUGCAUUUUCCUGGGAUUCUACGACAAACACGACGUUUGGCAUCUACUCAGUGCGCCCGCCCUGUAUUUUACAUUUUUGUAUCUCAUGUACUUGGACGAUGACUUAUGCGAUAAGCCACAAAAUGAAAUUCCAGUGUUUUAGUUAGUGAUAUUAUUUAUCUGUGAUUUUUGUUUAUUUAUUUUUUUUACAUUUAUUUUUUUUUAUAAUAUCAAAGUUGAAACAAAUAUAUUCGUUUCAGAUUCAUAUAUUACCGAGUUUAACAAAUUUUAGCGUUCGAUACAUAUGCUAAGUUUAACCUUCCCUAUACAUUUUUUGAGUUUCCUCAGAACCUAUCAUGGCAUUGGUCACUUCUGAGUUUCUUUUUCCUGCUUGCAAUGGAAGACGAUAAGGUAUGAUAGGAACCUCGACCGGAGGGAUAGGGCUGAGCUCUUUUGGGCGAAGCUGGAACGCUAACCAGCUUGCCAGUUGGUGAGCUCCUGGACUUGCA